AUGGUAGGUACGGUUCUAUGUCAAAUGUUUUACGAAAAAUCGAAAAAUUGAUUCGCAAAGUCCGCAAAUAAACAAAACACAGGAAUCAAUAAAUCCGUAGAAAAAUAAUUGAAAUACCGACAAAGAGGCAAGAAUUUGAAAAUUUACACCUGAAUUAAAUUAUCUGUUUUCUAAAAAAUUAUUAGAAAUGACUGUUAACAAUACAAUUGCACAUCAAAGAUUAAUUCUUAGCGGUGAUCGCGAAAGGUUUAAGGAAUUACUGAGAAAACGAUUGAUAGAAUGUGGAUGGCGAGAUCAAGUAAGAAUGUUAUGCCGCGAUGCUGUGAAGGAAAACGAAAGCAACAACAUCACUUUUGAUAUGCUCGUCUCAAGAGUUACACCAAGGGCAAGGGCUUUAGUUCCAGAUACUGUGAAAAAGGAACUGCUGCAGAAAAUUAAAACACAUUUACUUACACAAAAGGAUCAAUAAUUUAUGAGCUUGUAAUUUGUUUAAUCAAUAAAACCACUUAUAUACCAACCAA